GGAAUAUCACCCCAGGUGCGGAACUAAAAAUCCGUUGCCUCGGGAUCUUCAGGCCAGUUCAUCGCCGGCCAUUCCGUUCUAUAGACACGGUGUGUUCUGUUGUCGUGUUCAGUAUAUAAAAAAAGCCUCACGAGAAAAGCACGACUGUGCGUGUCCGUGUGCGUGUGGUUGGUAGCUGAUCAUCACCUUCCUGCGCAGCUCUGCGUCGUCCUUGUUGAGGUCAGCUGUGGUGGCGGGGCUGGACUGGUCAUCGAGCGAUCCGCGAGCAGUGCUGUGGCACUCGGUACAGACAAGCAGAGGCGGUGGUGAUGGCGGCGAAGGUGAUGGCGGCGAUGGUGAUGGCGCCGAAGACGGGGGCAUUGUUGAACGGGGGUGCAACGGAAGCAAGACCUGGAGUAUUUUGGAUGGGCCCAGGGACCCAUCCCGUGCCAAUGUCCAUGCAUGCCGGAAAUCGCAAGCGUUUGGUCACAAAGAUGCUCAAACGGAUCCAGGAAUCGGGCGGCUCGCCUCGCAACUCGGUUGUGCUACUCGAGGGUGGUGUAUCUGAAACUCGUUACUGCACCGACCAUGAGCCUCUGUUCAGGCAAGAGAGCUAUUUUUCCUAUCUCUUCGGUGUGAAGGAGCCUGGGUUCUACGGAGCAUUGGACCUAGCGACUGGAAAGUGCUUCCUGUUCAUGCCACUGCUUCCAAAGGACUAUGCUGUGUGGAUGGGGACGAUUCAUGGCCCAGAGCAUUUCAAGGACAUGUACGAAGUGGAUGGUGUGUUCUACGUUGAGGACAUGCCUGAGGUGCUUGCUGAAAUGGGUGAAGGUGGAGAGCGCCCAACUCUUUACCUGCUGCAGGGAAAGAAUACUGAUAGUGGAAAGAUGUGUAAACCAGCUUCAUUCAAGACGGCCCAUGCAGGCCAUCUGAAGGGUCCUCGCAGCCAUCUAGUGCAAGACCCCCACGAAAUCGAGGCAGGCAGCACAUAUGCAGUGGAGCACGAGCUGGCCAAAUAUAUAGUCAAGAUUCGAGUUCAGGUCUGCGUUUCAGCAGUUAUGGGUUGGUCGCGUAGCUAGGCCCUGUUGAUCUCUGGCAUUCUCUGCACGUGACUCUUAGGGCUUGGCUGCACUACUCACGAAAUGUGCAAAAUUAGAAUGAAUCUUCUGCAGAAUG